AUGGCCUCUAAAAGCGUGCUUGUGUGUACACCAGUUACAUGUUUACAUACUGCUGUACUAAUUAGUAUGUUAAAAUAGUGCACACGUGAGUCUAACUUUGGUUUAUUAGCUUGUUGGGUAAAAGUUCAGAGUUUAUUCUGACAACCCGUUUGGACAGAUCAGGACAUGGCUGAAAAAUUGGAUGUUGUAGUAGUAGGCUCCUGUAUGACUGAUCUGGUCAGCCAGACCCCUCGACUGCCCAAAGCUGGUGAGACAAUACACGGACACAAGUUUUUCAUCGGCUUCGGUGGCAAAGGAGCAAACCAGUGCGUCCAGGCUGCUCGCCUCGGAGCCAAGACUGCGAUGGUGUGCAAGGUGGGAAAAGAUUUUUUCGGGAGCAGCUAUAUUCAGAAUUUCAAAGACAACUCCGUAUGCACAGCUUUUGUGACUCAGACGGCUGAAGCCAUGACCGGCGCUGCCUCCAUCAUCGUAAACGAUGCAGGUGAGAACGCCAUAGUGAUUGUAGCAGGUGCCAACAUGCUGCUGGGGGAAGAGGAGCUGGAGCAGGCACGCUCUGCCCUGGCUAAAGCUAAAGUGCUGCUCUGCCAACUGGAGAUCAGCUCACACAUCUCACUUCAGGCCCUGAGAAUAGCCCGACAAAGCAAUGUGAAGACCGUCUUUAACCCUGCCCCUGCUAUUCCAGACCUCCACUCUGACUUCUACAAGGAAUCAGAUGUUUUCUGCUGCAAUGAAUCUGAGGCUGAGUUGCUAACGGGGGCUCAUGUAGCGUCAGUGGAUGACGCAGGACAUGCAGGUCUGGAGCUGCUGAACCGAGGUUGUGCUGCAGUCAUCAUCACAUUGGGCUCACAAGGCUGCGUGGUGCUGCAGGCCUCAAACCCCAAUCCCAAACACAUCCCUACAACUAAAGUCACCCCAGUGGACACUACGGGUGCAGGAGACAGCUUCCUGGGUGCACUGGCCUUCUACAUGGCCCAGUAUCCGUCUAUGCCUCUGGAGGAGAUGAGCAGGAGAGCAAACCUGGUAGCUGCAGUGUCUGUGCAGAGCGACGGCACUCAAACAUCUUAUCCGUUCAAGAAGGACCUGGCAACAGAACUGUUUCUGAAAGAAUAAUCUCUUACCUCAAACAUAGCUCCAACAGAAUUGCUGUAUAUAAAUUUAUACCACAGCGCUGUUUAAUUCUCAAAUCUGAUUGGUCAGAAAGUGGGCAAUAUUUAGGGAAUAAUAAUAAUAUAAUAAUAAAUGAUAUAUAUAAAAAUAUAAUAUAAUAAUAAAAUAUAAUAAUAAAUGAUUUGCAGGGACUCUUGUGUGUUCCACAGCAUUACAUCUAACAAUAUACUGGUAAAUGUGCAAUUUGUCAUUCAUUAAUAAACUUAAUAUUGUAAUCUUUGGCUGAUUGCUCAGGUUUAAGAGGAAUAACACUCUAUACACUGUGGUGUUAUAAACAGAUAAUCCAUUUCAGGGUAUUAUGACCAACAUGGAUUAUUCCAUAUAUUUACUGCCAUUCUUAAUCCACAAACGCUUUUGGGAGAUGUUGGACCAAUUGGUGUUGGAGUUCAGUUAAGGUGAGACACAUUAAGGGCCAGAGCAUAUGAUUUACAUCACGCCAUCCGACGAGCCACAGUGCACCACUGAUGUGGGCGGAGUCAUCCUGGAAGAGGCCACACCUAUGUCCAUGUUUUAUUACAGGAUUGAGGUGAGCAGUUGUCAGAAGAACUCUGCAUUUAUAUACAGUGAUGGUAAAAUAAAUGACUUUGAAUGAGUGUAACAGUACCUGUACUAAAAAUCAUUUAAAAAUGUAAUGUUUAUGGAAUGAUUACAUACAAAACUAAAUUAUUAAAGAAAAAUAAUUAAAGAUAUGUACCAACUGUGUAACUUUGUUAUAAUAAUAGGAACAAAUAACAGGACUUCCAGGGUCAACGGUCAGUGUUGUGUCGCUUUGAUUAAAAUGUUGGUUUUUGUCUCCAAUGAUAUUAAAAACAGUUUUUAGUCAAGUGUGUGCUUCACUACUGUAAAACAAGCGGUGUGAUGAUAUUCUGCCAUUAAAGUAAAGCGUCUUCACUUCCA